AAACUUUUUCUACAUAAUUAACACUGUACUUUCUUCAGUGCAAAACAACUCCCCAAAAUCCCUAAUUUUUCCAACUAUGGCAGAUAGGAUCAGCGUUUUACCGGACGAAAUCAUCUGCCACAUCCUCUCUUUUCUCCCAACUAAAGAAUCGGUUGCCACAAGCGUUCUCUCCAAGAGGUGGAACCCAUUCUGGCGCUCAGUCCCCACCCUCCGUUUCUUCGAAAACACAUCCCCUUUUGUUCGAUCCGUUGGCGCAUUUCUCCGCUCUCGAAAUUUGCACCAACCCAUAAAAACAUUCAGCCUCGGGUGUACAUCUUUUCGUCGUGGUCCUAACAGUGUCAACAAAUGGAUCAGCGCUGCACUACAAUGCGGAGGGGUUGAGCACCUCGACGUCUGGUUUCUCUAUCCCACCAAGUUAUCCUCUCCCUUUCUCACCCACAGAACCCUCGUCGUUCUCAAGCUGACGGGUGUACAUAUUACAGCUUUUUCGUCUGUUGAUCUCCCCUCACUCAAAAUCCUGGAAUUAAGUGGCGUUAUUUUGGAAGAAAGUGGAUAUCUCGCGAAGCUUCUUUCUGGUUGUCCACUUCUUGAGGAUUUGGUAGCUAACUCUGUAUCUUUUGAUGACUCUCCGAGUGUUGCAGAGUUUAAAAGCGUACCAAAGUUGGUCAAAGCAGAUAUCUCUAAACUUAUUCUAUUUGCAGCAGUUACCAAUGUCAAAUUUCUGCAGAUACAUUGGAGGGAUGUUAUGGAUCCGGGUAGGAACCCCUCUUUCAAAGAUCUUGCUCUGGUGUUUCCCAAUUUAAUCCAUAUCAAAUUCUACCUCUGUUAUGCCGAGGAUUGGCCUAAGAUAGUAGAAGUGCUCGAGCAUUGUCCCAAGCUUCAAACUCUUGUCAUUGAUGAUUAUGGUUUCACUGAAGCUGACGAAGGAGGAGGAGGAGGAGGAAAAUGGCCAUACCCACAAUCUGUUCCUGAAUCCAUUUCAUUACAACUUAAAACAUGCCGUGUUAAUGAUUAUGAGGGCUCAAAUGGUCUGUUUCAAUUUGCAAGAUAUAUAUUGGGAAAUGCAAGAUUUUUACAGUCCAUGACAAUCCGCACUCCCUCUGACACAAAUCCACACGCAAAGCUUGAAAUGCUGAAAAAGUUAUCUUUAUGCCCAAGGUGCUCUGCAACUUGUAAACUGUCACUUGAAUGAUAGCAGAUGAGAUUUGAGUUCUGUGAGUAGUUAUUUGACGUCUGCCUUUUUAUUAGUAGCUGCAAGGAUAUUGACUUUGUCUUUUUCAAAUCAAAUGACCUGUUUCAUUACUGAUGAUUGUUUGUAAUUUGAGUUAUAGUAUACGCAGUCUCUGGAGAUUGUUUGUUAAAUUCAGAUCUUAUGCAAAACCAUCAGGGU